GACAUUAGCCCCACUUCACAAAUGAUGACGCAGAAACUCAGGGCGGCUCCGUGUCCUGCCGAAGGUCACGCAGCCCAAGUUAGAACUUGGUUGUCUGACUCCAAAAGCCCGUGCUCUUUCAACUUCAUGAGACAGUUCAGGGGCCUGCUUCCCCAGCCUGCCACCUGAACUCCGUUUCUCCCACAGUUACCAUCCCUGACUCUCCCACCAGCGACUGUAGACAUGGGGGCCGCCUGACCCAGGAGAUGACAGCCUAACCUCCUGGCCUAGUGGCUUCCCCUGGGGGUUUCUGCCCCUUCAGCAUCCAGCCCGUGUCCCCUCCUCCCACACUGACUCCAAGACCCUUGUCACACACUGCCCCGCGGGCCAGAGCAGGCUGCCUCGGUAUCCAGCAGGUGCUGAAUUAAUAGAUGUUGCCCGUUGUCUUCUUCUUGGUUUUCUUCUCCUAUCUUACGCACUUGUAUUGUGACCUGGUCUUAUGUCUCUGAUGUCCCGAUGUCCCCAGCGCCCAGCUCUCUGCCAGGCACAUAAAAUGUGAAGGAAUUCACUGAACGAACUAAGGAUUCUUAGAUGGGUCAGGGAACUCGCCUCGGGACAAGGUGCCAAAGGCGGGCAGCUCACCCCCCCAACCUGAAAGGACGGGUGACUGCGGUGAGCGCAUAGGUGCCCAGCAGGUGGCGCCGCAGACCCGAGGCCCCGGGUCCUCCAGGCGAGUUCUCCGACGCGGCGCCCGGUCACGCAGCCCCUCUUCCUUCCGCUGGGAAGGAAGCCGCCGCAACCCGUUCGGCUCUGCGCACAGUGUGCACCGGGACGCGCCUCGGGCUUGGGUCCUGCCCGGUGCGCAAGCUGUACCUCCGCCUUGUGCACCAUGACGCUCCCCGGGGCCCGGGCUGGGGCCUGGGCCGCAGCAGCCAAAGUGGCCCAGAGGCGCCGCCGCGCGGAGGGCGCGGGAAGAUCGCAGAGUCCUGUGACUCCCAGCCUGCGCGCAGCGCUUUACGUCCACUGGCCCUACUGCGAGAAGCGCUGCAGUUACUGCAACUUCAAUAAGUACAUCCCCCGCGGCGUGGAGGAGGCAGCUGUGCGGAGCUGCCUGGUGACUGAGGCUCAGACGCUGCUGCGGCUCAGCGGGGUGCAUCGGGUGGAGUCUGUGUUCUUUGGCGGGGGCACUCCCAGUCUGGCCAGCCCCCACACUGUGGCUGCGGUCCUAGAGGCGGUGGCCCAGGCAACUCACCUGCCUGCAGACUCCGAAGUCACGUUGGAGGCCAACCCCACUUCUGCCCCAGCCUCCAGGCUGGCAGCAUUUGGGGCAGCAGGAGUCAACAGGUUGUCCAUUGGCCUCCAGUCCCUGGACGACACCGAGCUCCAGCUGCUGGGGCGGACACACUCGGCCAGCGAUGCUCUGCGGACACUGGCCGAGGCCCGGGGCCUGUUCCCCGGGCGCGUGUCUGUGGACCUGAUGCUGGGGCUGCCGGCGCAGCGGGUGGGGCCGUGGCUCAGGCAGCUGGAGGACCUGCUGCGCCACUGCGACGACCACAUCUCCCUCUACCAGCUGUCCGUGGAGCGGGGCACUGCCCUCUUUACCCAGGUGCAGCAGGGCGCUCUUCCUGCCCCAGACCCCGAGCUCGCCGCUGAGAUGUACCAGGAGGGGCGGGCCGUUCUUCGGGAGGCUGGCUUCCGCCAGUAUGAGGUCUCCAACUUCGCCCGGAAUGGGGCGCUUAGUACCCACAAUUGGACCUACUGGCAGUGUGGCCAGUACAUAGGUGUUGGGCCUGGGGCCCAUGGGCGGUUUAUACCCCAGGGGGCCGGGGGCCUUGCUCGGGAGGCACGGAUCCAGACCCUGGAGCCUGACAGCUGGAUGAAGGAGGUGAUGCUGUUCGGUCACGGUACCCGGAAGCGCUCCCCGCUGGGCAACCUGGAGCUGCUGGAGGAAGUUUUGGCAAUGGGGCUACGCACAGACGUGGGGAUCACUCACCAGCACUGGCAGCGGUUUGAGCCCCAGCUGACCCUGUGGGACGUGUUUGGAGCAAGCGAGGAGGUGGACGCGCUGCUGCAGCGGGGCCUGUUGCUGCUGGAUCGCAGGGGUCUCCGGUGUUCCUGGGAAGGCCUGGCUGUGCUGGACUCUCUGCUGCUGACCCUUCUACCUCGACUCCAAGAGGCCUGGCGGCAGAAAACCCCCUCCCCUGUGCCAGGAUGACAGGUGUCCUGCAUCCCAGCCUAAUAAGAUGGUCUGGAGCCUGUCUUAACUACGGUCCUCUCCUUUGCUCGGGCUCCUUCAUGGAGUGCGGAACCCUGAUUUGGGGGUAAGAGGCUUAAUUUAGGCUGAGAUGCCUUCUUGUUCCCUGACAAUUAUCUACUCAAUGAUUUUAGCAUCUAUCCGUAACCCUCGUCUGAAUCAUUGAUGGGUUUGAGGGUUGCAAAAUGUUAGUUUCUGACCCUUGUCACUCCGACUGCAUUCAUUAAUUGGCAUUCAUCCACUUCAAAAGGGCCUUCCCUUUUUGAAGGGCCGAUACUCUUCACCUAGAAAUUGUAUGCAGGGUGUGUGUGUAUGUGAGAGAGAAAGCCGUUUUCCUAUGGGAAGGCUUCAUAAUUUUUCACAUCUAAGGGUACCGUGACACCCAAAGUAAUUUAGUGUACCUGCAAAUCGGGGCAUGCGCAGCUUGGCCUCUGGCUGGGCCACUGCAGCUGGGGUUCCCCCGCCCCUAAGAAGUGAGCACGUGCACUUCCCGUGUGCCUAGUGGGUGUGAAUAUCAGUCCUCCUGUGACCCAAGGUAACGUAGUAAGUGUUGCUACCUCUCAUCUAUUCAUGAAAUAUUCAGCAGGCACUGCUGGUGUGCCAGGCACCGUGCUGGGUGCGCACAGGGGAACAAGACCUGCCCCGGCCCUCGAGGAACUCACUGCCGUGCUGACGGAUGUGGAAAGAGUUAGAUUUCAGGGUUAUCGGUAGGGAUGAGCGUGCGGACUGUGGAAGGCUGCAGCGCGUCCGGUGCUGAGGGGCUGGGAGCGGAAAGGAGGAGUGCGUUUCUCUUACAACCUCCUCUGGCCCUAGGGCAGCCUGCAGGGUGGCCUGUGCUGCCCAGGGCGGCCUGUCCCCAAGCCUUCCCCUCAUCUUGAUAUUCAAGAAGUGAGCACGGGGCUGGAGCGAGUGCGCCAUCAGAUAACCUGGGCCCGCUCGGGUUUCUCCCAGUGGCCAGGGCUCAUGCCACCCGAGACACCCAGGCUCCCUGCUCACCGGGCCUGGCCGACUGCCUGGCCUGGAGCCAGGGCCAGGUGCGGGUGGCACGGACCCGCUUCUGUGGCUCAGCCUGGCCCCACUCUCUGCAGGUGAGUGAGAAUCUCCUGGAGGUGGAGCCCAGGAAUUUAAUUUUUUAAAGAUUUUAUCUAUUGGCUUUUAGAGAGAGGGGAAGGGAGGGAGAAAAA